GCCGGAUGACGUCGUACGUAGGGGCUGGCUAGCCGCCAUCUUGCUUCUUUUUCUCGCUCGCUAUCUCCCUCUUGGGAAGCAGCGAAAGUGCUUUGGCGGUUUGUCCAUCUGCAGCUUCGGGUUCCGCGUCGCGUGGUCCUUCCAGCCGCCCCCUACCCCCAGUCUCCCUUCCCCCUUCCCUGAUCAGAGCACGGCGGAGCCCCUAGACGUGCGCAAACACACUCAGCUUGACACUCACCCUGGCCGGCUGGUUUUAAGGGGUGUGGCAGGAGGUUCUGGACUCGAUGAGUUUCCACCGAAAUGUCGGAGAAGUCAGGCCAGAGCACAAAAGCAAAGGAUGGGAAAAAGUAUGCGACCCUCAGUUUAUUUAAUACUUACAAGGGUAAAUCAUUAGAAACUCAGAAAACUACAGUUGCAGCUCGACAUGGAUUACAGAGUCUUGGAAAAGUUGGUAUUUCACGGCGUAUGCCUCCGCCUGCUAACCUCCCAAGUCUCAAAGCAGAAAACAAAGGCAAUGAUCCUAAUGUGAACAUUGUACCUAAAGAUGGCACAGGAUGGGCAUCAAAACAAGAGCAGCAUGAAGAAGAAAAAGCACCAGAAGUUCCACCAGCACAACCAAAACCUGGGGUUACAGCUCCCCCAGAAGUAGCACCUGCUCCCAAAUCAUGGGCCAGUAACAAGCAAGGUGGGCAAGGAGAUGGAAUCCAGGUGAAUAGUCAUUUUCAGCAAGAAUUUCCCAGCCUGCAGGCAGCUGGGGAUCAGGAAAAAAAAGAAAAAGAAGCAAAUGAUGACAACUAUGGGCCUGGACCCAGUUUACGCCCACCAAAUGUUGCUUGUUGGAGAGAUGGUGGUAAAUCUGUUGGUUCACCUUUAACAUCUGACCAAGAUGAAAAGCCUGGCCAGGAUGAAAGCGCAGCCGGAACAUCAGAGCAAAAUGAUAUUCUUAAAGUGGUGGAAAAGAGAAUAGCUUGUGGUCCCCCACAGGCUAAACUGAAUGGACAACAGCCUGCCCUCGCUUCCCAAUACAGAGCUAUGAUGCCUCCUUAUAUGUUUCAGCAAUAUCCAAGGAUGGCCUAUCCUCCUCUUCAUGGUCCCAUGAGGUUUCCACCUUCUUUAUCUGAAACAAACAAAGGCCUUCGAGGAAGAGGCCCACCUCCUUCAUGGGCCUCUGAGCCUGAACGCCCCUCCAUCCUUAGUGCAUCAGAACUGAAGGAGCUUGAUAAAUUUGAUAACCUAGAUGCUGAAGCUGAUGAAGGUUGGGCAGGUGCUCAGAUGGAAGUAGAUUAUACAGAACAGCUAAAUUUCAGUGAUGAUGAUGAGCAAGGAAGUACUAGUCCUAAAGAGAACAGCAGUGAGGAUCAAGAUUCAAAAGGCUCUGAAAACACUGAAAACCGAAAAGAAGCAGAUGAAGUUUACAACACUAAAUCAUCUUCUCAGAUACCUGCCCAGCCACCUGUAGCAAAAGGUCCCUAUGGGAAAGGACCUCCAUUUAAUCAGGAUCGAGGACCAUCCUCACACUUGCCACCACCUCCAAAGUUGCUUGCACAGCAGCAUCCUCCUCCAGACCGACAGGCAGCACCUGGAAGACCAGGCCCUUUCCCCCCCAAGCAACAGGUCCCAGAUGAAGAUGAAAUAUGGAAGCAAAGAAGACGACAACAGUCAGAACUUUCUGCAGCAGUGGAACGUGCUCGUAAACGGCGUGAAGAGGAAGAGCGAAGAAUGGAAGAACAGAGGAAAGCAGCGUGUGCAGAGAAACUGAAACGAUUGGAUGAAAAGCUUGGCAUAGUGGACAAACAACCCUCUCCAGAGGAAAUUAGAGAAAGGGAGCGAGAAAAAGAACGAGAAAAAGAACGAGAACGUGAGAAAGAACUUGAAAAAGAACAAGAACGGGAGCGAGAGAAGGAGAGGGAAAAAGAAAGGGAAAGACAACAGGAGAAGGAAAAAGAACUGGAGCGAGAGCAGGAAAAACAGAGAGAAAUGGAAAAGGAAAGAAAGCAAGAAAAAGAGAAAGAAAUAGAACGGCAACAAGAAAAGGAAAAAGAACUGCAGGUGAUGAAAGAACAGGAAAAGGAAUGUGAACUGGAGAAGAAAGAAAGGGAGAAAAUGGAAGAAAAAACUGAACACAGAGAACCUACUUUAGAGCCUAUGGUAGAAAAACCAGAAAGUGAAAACAACUGUAAUAAAGAGGAUGACCCAGUUUUCUCUAGACAAGACAGCAAUCGCAGUGAAAAAGAGACCACUCAAGCAGCACAUGAAGCAGAACCAGAAUCUGGAUCUCAGCCUCGGCCUGCUGUAUUAUCUGGCUAUUUUAAACAGUUUCAGAAGUCUUUACCACCACGAUUCCAGCGGCAGCAGGAACAGAUGAAACAACAGCAGUGGCAGCAGCAGCAGCAGCAGCAAGGUGUACUUCCACAAACAGUUCCUUCACAACCAUCUAGUGGUGCUGUCCCUCCACCGCCACACAGACCUCUCUACCAGCCCAUGCAGCCUCACCCUCAGCAUUUGGCCUCUAUGGGUUUUGAUCCAAGGUGGCUCAUGAUGCAGUCAUAUAUGGAUCCACGCAUGAUAUCAGGUAGACCAGCUAUGGACAUUCCACCCAUUCAUCCUGGAAUGAUUCCACCUAAGCCAUUAAUGAGAAGAGAUCAGGUGGAAGGAACACCGAACAAUUCUGAGUCAUUUGAGCACAUAGCUCGAACUACAAGAGAUCAUGCUAUUUCCCUCUCUGAGCCUCGUGUGAUGUGGGGGUCAGAUACCUAUCCUCACACUGAGCCUCAACAGGCCACUACUCCCAAGGCGACAGAAGAACCUGAGGAUGUCAGACCUGAAGCCCCAUUGGAUCAGGAACAGAUAACUGCUGCUUAUCCUGUAGAACACAGUCAGUUAGAGGCUCAUCCAAAAGCAGACUUCAUCAGAGAAUCAAGUGAGACAGAAGUUCAAAAGUUUUUAAGCAGAUCAGUGGAGGACAUUAGACCUCACCAUACUGACACAAAUAAUCAGUCUGCUUGUUUUGAUGUAUCUGAUCGAAAGACUAUAUCCACUCCUCAAGAAGAGCGAAUUUCAUCUGGAGAAACUCAGCCUGCCCGGAAAAGAAGUGUUUCCCAUGGAUCUAACCAUACUCAAAAAUCAGAGGAGCAGAGAAAUGAACCAUCUGCAAGCAUUCCUAAAGUAACUGGCAGGUGCCUUGAUUCAAAAGAACCAGCAGAAAGGCCAGAGGAAAAACCAAAAAAAGAGGGCUUUAUACGAUCUUCUGAAGGACCAAAACCUGAAAAACCAUAUAAGUCUAAAUCAGAAACUCGUUGGGGCCCAAGACCAGGCUCUAACAGAAGAGAAGAAGGUAAUGAUAGGCCCGUGAGAAGAUCAGGUCCUAUUAAAAAACCUAUACUUAGAGAUAUGAAAGAAGAACGAGAGCAAAGGAAGGAGAAAGAAGGAGAAAAGGGAGAAAAGGUCACUGAAAAAAUUGCAAAACCUGAAAAGACAGAGAAGAAAGAACCUCUUCCUCCUCCCCCACCACCCGUGGCUCCAGUUCAGCCACAGUUGGUUCCACCACCACCUCAGCCAGAAUCAGAGAAAUUUCCUUCAGUGGAAACUUCAACACUGGUGCAAAAGCCACCUCAAGAUACUGAAAAAGCUUUGGAACCUGUAAGUAAUGUUGAAGUAGAGCCAGCAGCUAAAACUGUAAACCAGCAAACUGUCUCAGCACCAACGGUCAAGGAAGAAAAGCAACCAGAAAAAAUCAGCAAAGACCUUGUUACAGAAAGAACUCGACCAGAUUCAAGACCAGCAAUUAAAAAAGAAUCAACUUUACCCCCUAGGACCUAUUGGAAAGAAGCAAGAGAUAGAGAUUGGUUUCCAGAUCAAGGAUACAGAGGUCGAGGCCGAGGUGAAUAUUACUCCAGAGGGCGAAGCUACAGAGGCUCUUAUGGAGGGCGUGGGCGGGGCGGUAGAGGGCACACUCGAGAUUAUCCUCAGUAUAGAGACAGUAAGCCACGAACGGAGCAUGUGCCCCCAGGACCUCUCAGGCAGCGAGAAGAAAGUGAAACACGAAGUGAGAGCUCUGAUUUUGAAGUUGUUCCCAAAAGAAGAAGGCAGCGUGGCUCAGAAACUGACACAGACAGUGAAGUUCAUGAAAGUGCAAGUGACAAGGAUAGUUUAAGCAAAGGUAAACUUCCCAAAAGAGAGGAACGGUCUGAAAACAAAAAACCUAUAAAGCCUCAAUCUUUCAAGCCUGAAAAUCAUGUCCGAAUAGAUAAUAGACCUCUAGAAAAACCUUUUGUAAGGGAUGAUGAUAAAUCUAAACCAGGCUUCCUUCCUAAAGGAGAACCUACAAGGCGAGGCAGAGGGGGAACAUUCAGACGUGGUGGAAGGGAUCCUGGAGGUCGCCCGUCACGCCCUUCCACCUUACGAAGACCUGCCUAUCGGGACAAUCAGUGGAACCCAAGGCAGGCAGAAGUUCCUAAACCAGAUGAUGGAGAGCCACCAAGAAGACAUGAGCAGUUUAUUCCUAUACCAGCAGAUAAACGGCCUCCAAAAUUUGAGCGAAAAUUUGACCCAGCUAGAGAGAGGCCCCGAAGGCAGCGUCCUACCAGACCUCCAAGGCAAGAUAAGCCUCCCCGAUUUAGACGGCUAAGGGAGAGGGAGGCUGCUUCUAAAACCAGCGAGGUGGCAGUGCCUACAAAUGGUACAGUUAAUAAUGUAGUUCAAGAACCAGUUAAUACUGCUGGGGAUAUUUCUGGAAAUAAGACACCAGACUUAUCUAAUCAGAACUCUUCAGAUCAGGCAAAUGAAGAAUGGGAAACAGCUUCUGAAAGCAGUGAUUUCAAUGAGAGGCGCGAAAGGGAUGAAAAAAAAAAUGCUGAUUUGAAUGCACAGGUGGUUGUAAAGGCUGGAGAGAAUGUUUUACCUCCAAAAAGAGAAAUAGCAAAGAGAAGUUUUUCUAGUCAGAGACCUGGCAUAGAUCGCCAGAAUCGGCGUGGCAAUAAUGGUCCACCCAAAUCCGGAAGGAAUUUCUCAGGUCCUAGAAAUGAAAGGAGAAGUGGCCCACCAUCAAAAAGUGGCAAGCGAGGGCCAUUUGAUGACCAGUCAGCAGGCACAACUGGUGCUGAUCCUGUCAAUGGCAGCUCUGCACAUCACCAGGAAGGAGCACCUAAUGGUACAGGACAAAAGAACUCCAAAGAUUCUACUGGGAAAAAAAGAGAAGACCCCAAACCAGGCCCUAAAAAACCCAAAGAGAAAGUGGAUGCACUCUCACAGUUUGAUCUCAACAACUAUGCAAGUGUUGUUAUAAUCGAUGACCAUCCUGAAGUAACGGUAGUUGAAGAUCCUCAGUCAAAUUUAAAUGAUGAUGGUUUUACCGAAGUGGUAUCCAAAAAACAACAAAAACGUCUACAGGAUGAGGAACGCCGAAAGAAGGAAGAACAAAUCAUACAGGUUUGGAAUAAAAAGAAUGCAAGUGAAAAAGGAAGAAGUCAGACUUCCAAGCUCCCGCCAAGAUUUGCCAAAAAACAGGCUACGGGGACCCAGCAAGCACAGCCUCCAGCCUCUGCUCUGGUCUCAGCUCCCGGUCCAGGUUCAACCUCAGCUCCUGUUCCAGCCACAACUUCAGCUCCAGUUCUAGCCUCAGCCCCAGCCCCAGUUCUAGCAUCAUCCUCGGCUCCAGUUUCAGCCCCAGCUGCAGUUCCAAUCUUAACCUCCACCUCUGCUGCACUUCCAACAUUAGCCUCUGCCUCAGCUCCAGUUCCAGCCCCAGCCUCCACCUCAGCUACAGCCACAGCCUCUUCUUCAGUUCCAGCUCCAACCCCAAUCCUUGCCUCAGUUUCCACAUCAGCUUCUGUCCCCAUCCUUACCUCAGCCUCAAUUCCCAUCCUUGCUUCAGCCCUAGCACCAGCUUCAGUUCCAUCUCCAGCUGUCUCAGCCCCAACUGUCCCCACAUCAACCCCAGCUGCCCCUGCCUCAGCCUCCACUACCCCUGCCUCACUCCCAGCCCCAACCCCAACCCCAGCCCCAGCUCCAGCAGCAGCCCCAACCCCCGCCUCCACCCUAGUCCAAGUCCCAGCACUUCCCCCAGCUCCAGCCUCCACUGCCCCAGGCCAGACUCAGGGACAGAUUCACAAAACAGUCCAGAGUCCGCUGCAGACUACAACACAGUCUUCAAAACAGCCACCUCCUUCAAUUAGACUACCUUCAGCUCAGACACCUAAUGGCACAGAUUAUGUCGCCACAGGAAAAUCCAUCCAGAGCUCACAGUCACAUGGCACUCUUAAGACUGAAUUAUGGGAUAACAAAGUGGCCCCACAAGCUGUACUGAAUGACAUCUCUAAGAAAUUAGGUCCCAUUAGUCCACCACAGCCACCUUCAGUCAGUGCAUGGAAUAAGCCCCUAACAUCAUUUGGAUCAGCUGCUUCAUCAGAGGGAACAAAGAAUAGUCAAGAAAGUGGAGUUGAAAUUGGAAUUGACACAAUUCAGUUUGGUGCUCCAGCUUCUAAUGGGAACGAAAAUGAAAUUGUUCCCGUGCUUUCAGAAAAAACUACUGACAAAAUGUCUGAACCUAAAGAACAAAGGCAGAAGCAGCCACGGGCAGGCCCUAUCAAAGCCCAGAAGCUUCCAGAUUUGAGUCCAGUGGAAAACAAAGAACAUAAACCUGGUCCUAUUGGAAAGGAACGUUCAUUGAAAAACAGAAAAGUAAAAGAUGCCCAGCAGGUGGAGCCAGAAGGACAAGAGAAACCAAGCCCUGCUACAGUCAGAAGUACAGAUCCUGUGACAACAAAGGAAACCAAAGCAGUUUCAGAAAUAUCUACUGAAAUAGGAACAAUGAUUUCAGUAUCAUCCACAGAAUAUGGCACUAACGUAAAGGAAUCUGUAACAGACUAUACUACACCUUCUUCCUCUCUGCCUAACACUGUGGCUACUAAUAAUGCAAAGAUGGAGGAUACUUUGGUUAAUAAUGUGCCCUUGCCCAACACCCUCCCCCUCCCUAAGAGGGAGACUAUACAACAGAGCUCCAGCCUAACUUCAGUUCCUCCCACUACUUUCAGCCUCACCUUCAAGAUGGAGUCUGCACGUAAGGCAUGGGAGAAUUCUCCAAAUGUAAGGGAAAAGGGAUCUCCAGUAACUUCCACAGCACCUCCAAUUGCAAGUGGCGUCAGCAGUAGUGCCAGUGGACCAAGCACUGCUAAUUACAACUCAUUCUCAAGUGCAUCGAUGCCUCAGAUUCCUGUUGCUUCAGUCACUCCCACGACUUCACUAUCAGGAGCUGGUACAUACACUACCUCUUCUUUGAGUACAAAAUCUACAACUACAUCAGACCCUCCUAAUAUUUGUAAAGUAAAACCCCAACAAUUACAGACAAGCAGCCUGCCUUCUGCAAGUCAUUUUUCACAGUUAAGUUGUAUGCCUUCCCUUAUUGCCCAGCAACAACAGAGUCCACAAGUCUAUGUGUCUCAGUCUGCAGCAGCUCAAAUCCCUGCUUUUUAUAUGGACACAAGUCAUUUAUUCAAUACGCAACAUGCACGAUUGGCUCCACCUUCCUUGGCUCAGCAACAAGGCUUCCAACCAGGUCUCUCUCAGCCAACUUCAGUUCAGCAGAUUCCAAUCCCUAUAUAUGCACCACUGCAAGGACAGCAUCAAGCCCAACUGAGUCUGGGUGCUGGGCCUGCUGUUUCCCAGGCUCAGGAACUAUUCAGUUCUUCACUUCAACCAUAUAGAUCCCAGCCAGCCUUCAUGCAAAGCAAUCUAUCCCAGCCAUCUGUGGUGCUUUCUGGUACUGCCAUCCAUAACUUUCCAGCUGUCCAACACCAGGAACUUGCCAAGGCACAGUCGGGUCUUGCCUUUCAACAAACGUCAAAUACUCAGCCUAUUCCAAUAUUGUAUGAACAUCAGCUGGGUCAGGCAUCAGGACUAGGAGGUUCCCAGCUGAUUGAUACACAUCUUCUUCAGGCCAGAGCGAAUCUUACCCAGGCUUCAAAUCUUUAUUCUGGACAAGUACAACAGCCUGGUCAGACAAAUUUUUAUAACACUGCCCAGUCACCGAGUGCUCUCCAGCAGGUUACAGUACCUUUACCAGCAUCCCAGCUUUCCUUACCUAAUUUUGGAUCUACGGGGCAACCUUUAAUUGCUCUGCCUCAGACUCUUCAGCCCCCAUUACAGCAUACCACCGCACAAGCACAGGCCCAGAGCCUGAGUCGUCCUGCACAAGUAAGCCAGCCUUUCAGGGGAUUAAUUCCUGCUGGAACACAGCAUAGCAUGAUUGCAACCACAGGAAAAAUGUCUGAAAUGGAACUAAAAGCCUUUGGAAGUGGCAUUGAUAUAAAGCCAGGCACACCGCCAAUCAGCGGUAGAAGCACCACACCAACAUCUAGUCCUUUCCGGGCUACUUCCACAAGUCCAAAUAGCCAGUCCAGCAAGAUGAACAGCAUUGUCUAUCAGAAGCAGUUCCAGUCAGCCCCUGCCACUGUGAGAAUGACACAACCAUUUCCUACACAGUUUGCACCCCAGAUUCUCUCUCAGCCUAACCUGGUCCCUCCAUUGGUAAGAGCCCCACAUACUAACACCUUCCCAGCGCCUGUUCAGAGGCCACCAAUGGCACUGGCCAGUCAGAUGCCUCCUCCGCUGACCACAGGCCUCAUGAGCCAUGCUCGUUUGCCACAUGUAGCCAGGGGUCCUUGUGGAUCACUAUCUGGAGUCAGAGGUAAUCAGGCCCAGGCUGCGUUGAAGGCUGAACAAGACAUGAAGAAGAGAGCUGUGGGAAGAGGACUCAGCCACAAGACAUUUGGUCCUAGGUGUUGGCAAAGCAGAGAGCAGAGGUUCUUCAGUCCACGCAACGGUUCUUCUCUGAACAGCAACAGAACAAACAGAUAGGAAGCAAAGCCCAGAAAGUGGACAGUGAUACAAGUAAACCUUCUGAAACACUGACAGACCCUCCUGGUGUCUGUCAGGAAAAAGUAGAAGAAAAGCCACCCCCUGCACCCACCAUAGCCACCAAACCUGUUAGAACUGGACCAAUCAAACCUCAGGCGAUCAAAACUGAAGAAACAAAAUCUUAAAGGCUAUGGUUUAUUGCAGAGGGUUGGGGAGGGGAGAAGGGAAAGAGGGAGAAUGAAGUCAGAUAAUGCCAGUAGCCAAAAGGGUAAAGUGGUCUCUGACAUUAUCCUCUCCAGAGCCUAGAGGUGCACAAGGGACAUAGGAGCAAUUUACACUGACACACAGCUGCUACACCAGUAAAAUGAGGCUUUGCCAGCUUGCACCCACUAUGUAACAUGCACUCUGUUGAUGGCCAUGCAUCUUCAGUCAGAAUUUAUAUAUUCAUAUGUGCACACAUUCCUGGAGUGCAUAUAACUUAGAACUAAAAUCCUUAUGGUUAGAUAAAAUACCAGAAAUAUGAGGGAAAUAAACUGCAGAGAAAUAGCUCAGCCCGAACAGUGUACUGAUCUCAGUUAAGACAUCAGAUGUGAUUUCUUUGCUCCCUUGUGUUCUUUUAAUGUGGUGAUAUAGCAUUUAUAGGUUUGGUGGUGAAGAACAGAAGAUAACUGGUGCUGGAUAGAGGAGCCUUAUUUUUUAUUAUGGCAGCUUGCUAUUUUUAUAACAUGGUGAUUGAGUUGAACACAAUCAAAGUACAGUAACUGAUCUCCCCUUCUUCCCGGAUGAGUGAGCAGAUGAUGAUAUAUUCAUCCUCGAACAUAUCCAUAUGGGCAAUGUUUGGCUACUGCUUCUGUUUGAAAUGAUGCUGUGUUUUGGUUGUGGCCUGAAGCUUUGAAGUGCUACUUGGCAUCUCCUUUCUUCCAUGGAGCUCUUAGCAUUCAGAAACAUCAGAGCUGGUCAAAUACUAGUUAGGUCACCUGAGUCUUGCUUGCCUCUACAGAGUCAUCUUUGUAUGAAUCCAGUGGUGGGUUUUGUUUAUUUUUAAAACGGUUUUUAACUGAUGUUCAUGAAGAGCAGUGAGUACCUAGAGCUGUGCCACUAAAGAAAGGAUAUUCUAUCUAAGAAGGUGCAUUUCUGUACCAGAGCUGUGUCAUAACCAUCCUUUGGGCCCUCUGCUGGAAAAGUAGAAUCAAGUCUCGAAUAAUGCCUUUUUAAUUAUAUCCUCUAGUAUUAUAGAUGUAGGACAGUACUGUAUCAUACCUCUGUGAAUGUAAAAUAUCUUGUACCUGCUUUAUGAUAUGUAGUAGUGACUGUGCUUUAUCAGAGCUGUUUUUAAUGACGUUAUUCUAGAAUGUUUUCUUUCCAGAUGAUGAUUGAGAAGCUAAUUAAAAAAAAAUGGUGCCAGGUACCACGACAGUAACAAAAUUUUGUUGUUUUCUGGGGUUUUGUUUUUUUACCUUUUUUUUUCUUUUUCUUUUUUUUUUUUUUAAAUGGAGUGUGCUAGUUGUCUCUAUAAUUUUGUUCAGAUGACUGCAGAACCUGGAAAAGCUAUUGCUGCUAUUGAUGCAUAACAUACUGCUAUUGGUCUUUUUAUAUAAAUAAAUAAAUAAAUCUAUAUAUAUAUAUACAUAUAUAUAUAAUUUGAAUUUUUGGAAACUUUAGCUGUGCUGUCAACUUUGGAAAAAGUAUCUCAGUUGUACCGUGUUGGGUUGGCAUUGUACAGAAAUUAACAGCCAUAUUGGUCUAGAAACGUUAAACAUAAUUUUUUCCAUUUGUACAGGGGUAACGCACUGUAUUAAAUAUGUAAGGUCUUAUCUACAUGGGUUUGAUUACAGAAACUAAUAAAGUAUUCUCUAAAUAAUGAA